UCACUCGCUCUUUUUUCAAACUAAAAAAAUAGUCUCGGUGUCUCUCUCUCUCUCUCUCUCUCUCUCUCUCUGCCUCUCGCUUCAGUUCUGUUCAGGUUUAUAUUCUGCACCAAAUGCCUUUAGUUUAUCUCAAGAACAAGCAUGCAUCAAUCAUUUGGUGCAAUUUUAACUUCGUGAACCGGGGGAGGCUCUGGUGUUCUUGGAAGAUAUUGUUUCGGCAUUGGACUUGACUGAUUUCUUUUGUUACUGUGUCAAUUUUAGCUUCAUUCUCAUUGCAUUGUUGGGCAAAGGGAUUGGCUAUUUGUUGAUUAAGGUACAGCAGAUUACGAAUUAUUAUUUUUCACUCCUCGUGAGGAAAUUGGAUACUGGGAAUCAAAGUUAUGGAAUCAAGUAACUCCGGUUUGGAUUUUGAAUUCCCUGUCGAGGAAUCUACCAUUUACUCAGACUUGGGAGAUUUGGGCUACACAGCUGGACCAAGUGAAGAUGGAUAUGAUUUGUCCACUGGUUCUCCAGACAAUUGUCUUUACAUGAGUGAUCUCGAGAAGCCUCUGAAUUUUGCUCCUGAAGCUGGUGAAUCUCAUCACAUUCCAAGUAAUGGCCUCUAUGCUGGAUACAAUGUUUAUACUGAUGCAGAGCUGUUUCCUAGCAAUCCUUGUGGCGCUGCUCAGCUCAUAUCUUUGUCAGAUCUGUCUGAUCCAUUGCCACAGAGACCAUGUGGGUUUAUGAAUGUCAGUCAUAACGGAGCUAUUGAAGCAGCAUUUCCUUUUGAUGUAUCUGAAAUUAUUGAAGAGUUGGGAGAUUUGGGCAAUACAUCUGGACUUAGUCAUAAAGAAACUGCUGAAGCAGCUUUUCUUUUUGAUGUAUCUGAAAUUAUUGAAGAGUUGGGAGAUCUGGGAAAUAUAUCUGGGCUUAGUCAUAACGAAACUUCUGACGCAGCAUUUCCUUUUGAUGUUUCUGAAAUUAUUGAAGAGUUGGGAGAUCUAGGCUAUAAAUCUGGACUUAAUCAUAAUGGAACUGCUGACACUGCAUUUCCUUUUGAUGUAUCUGCAAUUAUUGAUGAGUUGGGAGACCUGGGAAAUACAUCUGGACUUGUUCAUAAUGGAACUAUUGGAGCAGCAUCACCAUUUGAUGUAUCUGAAAUCUUAGAAGAGUGGGGAGAUCUUUGCAAUACAUCUGGACUAGGACAUAAUUUCUCCACUUGUUCUCUGGAUGAUUGUAUUAACAUAGAGGAUCUCGAGAAGCUACUGAAUUGCCUUGCUGAAACUGAUGAAUCUCAACAAACGGUCUGUUCAAACAAAAAAGAUAGAAAAAGGAAAAGGAAAGAAAGAAAUUGAAAGAGGGUGAACAAGGUCGUGCGUUGUAGUGAUGAGUGAAAAGAAUGUGACUUGAUAUUUACAAUGAGGUUGGAGGCUUCGAGGCCUGUGAUAAGAGGUGGACAAGGUUCAGCAUUUGAAAGGUGGCCUGCUGUUCCUUUUUGGUCUCCACUGUUUGCUAGUAUCUGUAUUCCUGGAGAUAUUAUUCUUCUAUCCCUCCAUCAUAAAGUUGCCAGAAAAGUUCUUAUGUGACUGUCUAAUGAUUGAAUCAUUUAUUAUUUUUC